AAAAUUAUUAUUAUCGUGUAUUUUCCAUGGAUGAAUUUCUUUUCACGGUUCCACCGACCCGGUUGCUACUCGGAAAGUCAGAAGCUCUUCGUUCAGUCUGGCUGUUGGAGCGAGGCCUUCUUCCAAUUACACGCAUCUGCUGAGGGUUUCUGCUUCUACAACAACACUUGCCUUUACACGAACGCGGAAUUUUCAUCUCCUUUGUCGUAGUCGUCAUAAUCCUUCUGUAAUUUCCAGGUACACCCUCUGGAACAUUAAUCUUGUUUGGCUUAUGUUGGAACGCUGUUUCUGAAUGAUUUUUUAGUAUAAUCUUGCAUUCUGGAUUCUGGGAUUGUUCUUUCGUAACCGAGGAAUUGUUUUGGGGUUUGUGCUUUUUGUCAAACCCUUUCCCUGUUGGAAAUUCUGGCAAUCAGGGUGAUUUGGCGUUGAAUUAGGUAUGAAGGGGCAGUCGAGCCGCCUUCAGAGUAUGGACCCUCCUGACGAUUGGGUCAAUGGUUCCUGGACUGUGGAUUGCAUCUGUGGUGUCAAUUUUGAUGAUGGGGAAGAAAUGGUUAACUGCGAUGAAUGUGGCGUCUGGGUGCACACACGGUGUUCGCGUUAUGUGAAGGGAGAUGAUAUUUUUGUUUGCGACAAAUGUAAGGGGAAGAAGGAGAGGAAUGAUUGUGAGGAAACUGAGGUUGCGCAAUUAUUGGUUGAACUUCCUACCAAAACCAUGAGCAUGGAGAGCACAUACGUCUGUACUGGGCCAUCGCAGCGUCCGUUUAGGCUUUGGACAGACAUACCGAUUGAGGAAAGAGUUCAUGUUCAUGGGGUUCCAGGUGGUGACCCUGCUUUAUUUAACGGGUUGUCGUCCUUAUAUACUCCACAGUUGUGGAAUUGCACUGGAUAUGUUCCAAAGAAAUUUAGCUUUCAGUACCGGGAGUUCCCGUGUUGGGAUGAGGAUCAGCGUGAUAACAAGGACAAUGAGAAAAAUGAGAAUCCUGCUGACAAAGGUGCUGGUGUUCUUUUCUCUUUGUCGAAGGAAAAUGUGUUGGCUACGCCUGUGGCAGCUUUGAUUGGUAUGAGAAGCAAAGUUGGGGAUGUAUUAUGUGACAGGAAUGGGUUUUUGAGCGAAAAGCAGGUUGUUAGUGAAGAUUUGGAUAGGUGUGCUGGGCAUGGUGUGAGGGAGAGAAGUUUCCUUCGACCUCUCAUACUACAUUCGGGUAAGUGCAAAAAAGAAGACUAUUCAGUAUCAAAAGAUCAACCUAGGAAGACUAAGUCUACACCCUCUGAUAAGGUGACAAACAUGAAAAAGAGAAUUGAUCAUGCUAAAAUAGUGUUGACAUCGACGAAUGGUGAAAAACAAUUGGCAGGCAGAGAUCUAAAGCAUGUCAGAGGUGAUGGUGAAAAUCCUAGGAACAAAAUAGCGGUUCGAGAAUCUUCAUCAGAUGCAUAUGAUAUAGCCAAUAAAAAUGUUGACAGGCCUAAAUAUAGUUUUGAGCUAUCUUCUGAUACUGUUUCUUCCGAUGUAUUUAGAAACCAUAAUCUCAGUACAGUUGCACCGAAGGAAGAUAAAGGGAUGCAAGUUGCUUCAGCAGUUGAGAAUUCCAUCAAAAUUGAGAGUGAUACACAAUCUCUCUAUGCUAAAAAAGAUGUUGGAAAUGUUGACAUGAAGCAGGGUGGUACGGCUCUUGACUAUUCAGAUGAUGGUAUCGAAGGAUUUUCUAAGAGUUUCGUAAAGCCUUCUCUUGAAGGUUUAGCUACCAUUGCACUUGAAAUCAAAGAUGAUCAGAUUCAUCUCGAUGUUAAUUGUGGCAAUUCAACUGAUACAUUGAAGUCGGAUGCCAAAUUGAAAAUAGACAAGCAACAUGAUGUAUGUGGAGAAGCCUUGAACGCCCAGGCUUCAUCACAUGCUGAUGCUGCAGAGCUGCAAAAAUGCAAUGAUCGUAUGCAUGAGAGUUUUAAGGUGAGUUCUAGUGGUGCAGUAUGCAGUUCACAAUUGGAUGGCUACAGGGCAGAAGAAUUCAACAGAAGCUCUGAAGCUGGUAGCAGUUAUUGUCUUGAAAAGGCUGAUGAACAAUGUACUAAUCAACGAGAGUUUAAACAGGAAUGGGAUUGGCCAGAAGGCAGCACAACAGUUGAUAUUAGUUCUUUUAAAUCCCAAAAUGGUUCUGAAGUUGGUGUUGAAAAGCCAUCAAAAUCGGGUGGAAUGGUUUCAAACCAACGUGUAUUACCUCCUCAACACAAAACAACGUUAUGUGUUGGAAUAUCUUCCCCUGCAUCAUCAGAUGUUAUAAUUUCUAAACCAUCAAUAUCCAAUGAAAUAACGCCUGCAGAUCCUGAAAGCAUAGAAGGUACUGCUGCCAAACAUGAGGCAGCGUCUGGAAGUUGUGGUAGCAGUAGGAAAGAAUGUUCUUCAAAUGAUGUUGACAGAGAUGAAGAAAGGGAUAAAAUGCCUAGGAGAAGAGUUAAAGAGCAACCAAGUGCUGGUACGAAUUCAUUAUACUCUGUCAGGGACUUGUUGCAAGAUCCUAUUUCAAAAAGAACCUCAUUGCACAUAAAAGAUUCUGUUGUGCUCUCAACGGUUAAAACGUCUGUGGUACAUAAUGCAUCAGAUAGUUCUGGCUAUAGUGAGUCUGUUGAGUCGCAUAUCAAUAAUAAGGUUUCAAUCGGGCAAAACAAGAUAUCAGGCUCAUGUUUGGCACAAAGAGGUGACAAACCUAACCAGACGAACUUUCAUCCUCCAUCUAAGGUCAAUCAGCGCCAUGCAACAGCCAUGUACCCUCCGGCAACUACAAACCUAUCUGCUGUUCUUAGUGAUGAAGAGCUAGCCUUCCUUUUGCAUCAAGAGCUCAAUAGCUCCCCUAGAGUGCCUCGUGUUCCACGAUUGCGUCAGCCAGGGAGCUCACCACAGUUGGGUUCUCCAAAUGCAACAAGCAUGCUAAUAAAGCGUUCUUCUUCUUCUAGGGGAAGGGAUCAUGCUUCGGCUUCUAGAAUGAAGAACAAAGAUGCCCUGAGAGAUACCUUUCGCAGUGCCUGCGACCCUGAUGACGAUGCCAAAAGAACUGAUGAAGUUCUUUCUUCCCCUGAUCAGAGAAGGCAAGAGACAAGUAUAUCUGCAGAAGCAUCCAAGAGGGAGGAAAAUGGAUCUCAAGCAAGAUUGAAUGCUCUUAAAAAAGGUUUUAUUUCAGCCUAUGGUAGAAAUACCACAAGUAGUGGCCCAUCUUCAUCAAUUGAGGCAAAUGAUCAUAACAAUACAUCUAUACGUAAUUCACCAAGGAACACAUCUGAUGAGGACACGGGCACUGUUGGAGAAGGUCCUGUUCAUCACACCUUACCUGGCUUGAUCAAUGAGAUUAUGAGCAAAGGAAGGCGUAUGACUUAUGAAGAACUAUGUAAUGCCGUAUUGCCACACUGGCAUAACUUGAGGAAGCACAAUGGAGAGCGCUAUGCUUAUUCCAGUCAUUCACAAGCUGUUCUUGAUUGUCUAAGAAAUCGACAUGAGUGGGCCCGACUGGUUGACCGUGGUCCAAAGACAAAUUCAAGCAGGAAAAGGCGCAAAUUUGAUGUUGAAGAAUCCGAGGAUAGUGAAUAUGGUAAAGGGAGAACAGUGAAGGCUACAGAAGGUAAAAGCCUCGAGUCUCAGAAAGAAGAAUUUCCAAAACGCAAGAGGAACACUCGAAAACGAAGAUUAGCUCUUCAAGGAAAAGGUAUAAAGGAUAUUAGGAAGAGACGCAAGAUGGAGGUGUUUACUGACGAUGAUGAAGUCGGAAUGCUUUCCGAUUCAAGUGAUGGAAGCAUGUUCAGUGAGGACGAGUUGCAGGAUGUUGAUGAAUCUUCAGAAAGAAGAGAAGCCUCUGGUUCGGAUGAGUAGUUUAAAAGGUACUCUCCAAAUGGUGGAUGUAGUUUCUUGUAGUUGUAAUCAAGUUAGGGCAAAUACAAAGAAUCUAGCUGGGGCAGCCUUUGUUACAUAGCUUCUGUAGUUUAUAAGUGUCAAUUUAGUUUCGUAAUCACUAGGUUGUUCGAUCUAUCCUUAAAAUGGAAAUUUGUGAAUAUUGCUGCAACUUGUUCAUAUAUGUAUCGAGUUAUCUUCUAAUA